UGAGACAGGACUAGGGGAGGGGCGAGGUCUGAGGAGGAGGAAUGACAAAUAGAUAUUCUGUAGAUUUGCUGAUUUUGUACCUGUGCCGCGGUGAAACAUGAUUUUAGUCAGAGGCAUGCGCGUUUCAUCCAGACCCUACGGUAAGUCCCAGGUGAAGCCACAAGUGAUUGUCAGGCGAAGGUUGUCAGCGAAGAUCGCAGGGACCUGAGGGGUGUCAAAAUAGAAAAAGGGGGGUAUUUUAAUGAUAUGUACUCAAUGGACAUAAGCAGGGAUAUGGCAGUACGUUGAAAGGGUAAGUAGUUUUUAUUGACAUAAUUUACAAUGGAAAGUAGUGUGGCAACCUGAUCCGCGCAUCACUGGGUAGGCCUAUCUUUUGGUUUAUUCAUAAGGUUGAUGGGAUAUUGUAUGUUUAUUUUAGGACCGUUGUAAAAUAUGCAAUAUAAUUGCACAGAAAAAAAAACAUUUACAAUCUGCGCAUUUUGGCUUUGCGUAAAUGUUAGAAAACCAUACUUUUAACGCAACUUUGUCGUAGGAAAUCAUCAGUGUAGUAUAGUGGAGGAUAUAGUACCACGGAACUAGUAUUCAUGUGUAUGUGACAUUUAAGAUAAAAUAACUAGAGUUUGACAUUCGAAUACACAAUGGCACAUGGUGUCUGUCUGCAUCUGUGAUGUCUGCGCCGAGCGCAACAGUGCGUUUCCGCGAGGACUCAUUGUACAGACUGACACAUAGUCAAACUUGUUUUAGUCCUGUAGUUUACUCUAUUGAUUACACAGUCAAAUGAAUGAGUAUUUCUUAGUUCAUUUUUUAAUAGUCUGGUCAUGUAAAUUAAUUGGCAAAGAAAAUGCUAUCAGUUAUAGCCGAUGAAGGUGGCUACCAUGUAUCUUAUGGAGAAUAGCUGUCAUGAUGAGGUAUGAUACCAUUUGAACCCCCUGUCACUCACAGGGUUCUGAAUUCAUCUAUCCCAAGAGGAGUCUGAAUGGAGUUGUGUGGCCCCAGUAUGAAGGACAACGGAGGCUCUCUGUGCCAGGUGGAGCAGCUGCCCUACACCUGUGUCCCCCUGCCCGACCCAGGCAGUGCUGGGUGCCGUAUACAGGCCAAUGGACACCUCCUCAACCACCACCUCAACCAUCAGCUCCAGUCCUUGGUGAGCCGACCAGCCCCCGACCUAACCUCGACCCCAACUCCAGCCACCCGACACAGGGCCAACGGGGUGGUGGGUUCCCGGUGCAGAAGCCCAGAGUGUGCAGCCUCCCGCCUGGAUGAAGUGAAUGAUCAGGCCUUGAGAGGGGCAGUGUCGGGGGCAGGCAGGGUGCUGGUGACCGGGGGAGCAGGGUAUUUCGGGUUGAGGCUGGGGAGUGCUCUGGCCAGCCAGGGAGUGUCUGUGGUGCUGCUGGACCUUCACAAGCCACCGUGGGAUACUCCAGACGGCACUGUCUUCCAUCAGAGCGACAUCCGGGACUAUGAUUCUCUGUAUAAGAUCUGUGAGGGGGUCGACUGUAUAUUCCACACCGCUUCCUAUGGGAUGUCAGGCCCAGAGCAGCUGAGGAAAGAGCAGGUGGAGUCGGUCAACGUCGGAGGGACGAACAACGUCAUUAAUGUGUGUGUGGAGAAGGGUAUCACCAGGCUGGUCUACACCAGUACGAUCAACGUGACGUUUGCUGGCAAACCCAUAGAGGAGGGCGACGAGGACUCAUUGCCCUGUGUGCCCCUGGACAUGCACAUAGACCACUACUCCAGGACCAAAUCUAUCUCUGACCAGAUGGUCCUAACAGCCAAUGGACGCUCACUCAAAGGUGGGGGUCUCUUGCGGACCUGUGUCCUGAGACCCUCAGGCAUCUACGGGCCAGAAGAGAGACGACACCUACACAGGGUUAUGGUGAAUGUGGAGCGGCGGUUGUUCAGUUUCAGCUUUGGGAACCGCCAGGCCAAGAUGAACUGGGUCCAUGUGGACAACCUGGUGUUGGCCCACGUACUGGCUGCCGAAAGCCUCACACCCAAGAGGAACUGUGUGGCUAGUGGACAGGCCUACUUCAUCAAUGACGGGGAAUCUGUCAACCUGUUUGAAUGGUUAACACCACUGUUUGAGAAGCUGGGGUACAGCCGACCGUUGAUACACCUGCCUGUCUCACUGGUCUAUACAGCAGCCAUUCUGAUGGAAUGUUUACACCUGGCUCUGAGGCCAAUAGUGGAGAUCCCUCUGCUCUUCACCAGAAAUGAGGUGAGGAACAUUGCAGUGAGCCACACCUUCAAGAUCGAGAAGGCCCGUCGAGACCUGGGCUACUGCCCCAGACGCUACAGCCUGAGGGACUCAGUGGACCAGUACAUACGGUCCCGACCAUCCCGCUCCAGGCCCUCCCUCCUAGGCCCCUCUCGGACUGUUCCCCUGCUCCUGGUCCUUCUGCUGGUUUUGGGGUUCAGCCUGGCUGUCCUCCUGCUUUGCUCCUGUCUCUGGGAACACUAGGCAGCUACUGUGGCUAAAACUCAAAUAACAGCCCACUAAGACCCAGCCUAAAUCUUAACACAGCUAAUACACUCACUAAUACGUUUCAUUUGUUAUCCGCCUUUCUCGGGUACCUAUGGUCUUGGCCUUACGCCAAGCUAAAAGCAAUGAUAGAAAGCAUGCAUAGUGCACAUCCAGAUACACAUAGAAGACCACAUUAAUAUACCACAUACGGUUGACCUAAUGCUAGCAACUCCGUCCUUCUAUAAUGUUUGUCAUGGUAUAUCAUGUUAUAGUACAGUUAACUAGGGCUGUAGAUGGAUGAUGAUAAAAUGUGUAGUAUGUAGAAUAUGUUGAAAUAAUAUGGUGCUUUGUUCAAACUCUAUUGCCUUCCAUAGGGUGGAGUGUAUCAUAUAUCUGGGGUUAUUUUCUUGAGAAAGAGGUUCUUAUAUUGAACCAGAGAAUCAUAAUGUGAAUACAGGACAGUGCUUUAAUAUGGUCAUAAACCUAUUGACCAUUCCUUAAACGUAUUUUGAUUUUUUAAGUAGUUUUGUUUAGGUGUGUGUAGGUGUACGUCAUACCAGACUCCCAAAGUAUUAGGCUACUACAUGGUAUGACUUUCUGUGAAAUUAGGAAUUAAACAUUUUGUUGGACUGAAGUGAAAACUGAAGUUUUAGUAAAAAUAAUUCAUCUUUGCAUUGAUUGAUAUAUGCACUACCAGUCAAAGGUUUGGACACACCUACUCAUUACAAAUUUUUUAUGUUGUAGAAUAAUAGUGAAGAC